CCUUUGCAACGCACCCUUUUUUCACCUCUUUUUCCUCUGAGCACGAAGCCGCCAUUGACGACCUUCCCCCGAGCUUCCAUACUCAGAAGCAGGCAUCGGAACGAGAAAACCCUCGCUUCUCGAUCCCAGAGGAUGUUGCGCGUGUAGAAAGAAAGAAAAAAUUGGGAAAUUAGAAGAUGAGGUCGUCGUCUUCUUCCGAUAGAAUUAACAUUGCUGCGAGUGCUCAAAGACUCGAUGUCGACAAUCGGAUUCCUCUGCGUAUUUACUUUCGGAUCGCAAACAAUGUUCUUAAGCAGGCUAACAUAUUUCGACACGAGAAGAAUAUUAUGGACCUAUACAUUAUGCUACUAAGGUUUUCAAGUUUGGUCUCUGAGACAAUACCGUGUCAUCGGGACUAUAGAGUAUCUGUUCAAGGAGAGAAGGUUUUCUUGAAAAAGAAAUUGUUUGAUGCUCUAAAUGAGCUCGAGGAGCUCAAGCCAGCAGUGAAACAGAAGCUUAAGCCAACAGUGAAACAGAAGAGCGAUGAGUUUAACGGAAUAAAUGGAAAGUUGAACAACGGGUGGAGCCAUAAUCACCAAAUUGGUUUGGUGGCAUCCCCUCUCAAGAAGCAAUCUUUGAUUAGCUAUGAUGCAACCAAGGCAGCAGGACCAGCUGCAAGAGAACUUGUCCAUCAACCUCUAAGGUCUCAACAAUUUUCCUAUGCCAGGCCUUUGGAGCAUCAAUUUCGCAAACUAUCCAUAGUUCCACGUCCAAAUGAGGAAACUCUUUCCAGACAUUCUGUUUUGGGCCCAAAUGGGCUUAACAGACAGUGGCAGCCACCCAGAAGUGAUACAGGGGUUCGGUAUCCAAGUAUUUUAGACUUAACUCCUGUUGAAAUCCCAAGACUGGGGCAGUCCGUAGAAGAUGAACAUACAAUUAUAAAAGAUGGAAAGACAAAUGUAAAUGACGCUAGCGAUUUGGAACCUGAAACGUCAAGUUUGGAACCAAUUCUUAGCCAGACUACUGAUGGUGGCCAGAAGGAUUGUACAGCGGAACUUUGCUCCCUCAUUUCUUUUGAAUCAACAGAAACUCCUGAUGAUACAAAACUUAUCAGACAGCCUUCUCCUCCGCCUGUUCUUGCGGAAGUACAAGAUUUGAUCCCAGCAAUUUCAUCUCAAGCCUCCGAGGUAGAAUGUGAACUGGAGACUCUUUCAUCAGAUGAACUUCUUCGUGCUGAAUCUCCCCUGGAAUUACAUAUUUCAACGACAAUGAUGGAACAUUUCAUGAAGCUGGCUAAGUCAAAUACUGACAAGAGCUUAGAGACUUGUGGCAUCCUAGGAGGCUCACUAAAAAACAGAAAAUUUUAUGUUACAGCUCUCAUCAUACCCAAACAGGAGUCAACUUCGAAUUCGUGUCAGGCCACGAAUGAAGAGGAAAUAUUUGAAAUUCAGGAUAAACAAUCUCUCUUUCCUCUUGGCUGGAUACAUACGCAUCCUACACAGUCUUGCUUCAUGUCGUCAAUUGAUCUCCAUACCCAUUAUUCAUAUCAGAUUAUGUUGCCGGAAGCUGUUGCAAUUGUCAUGGCACCACAAGGUGGUUCAAGAACCCAUGGCAUUUUCCGAUUGACAAACCCAGGCGGUAUGUCAGUCAUUAGACAGUGCCAGCACCGUGGUUUUCAUCCACACGAUCAGCCACCAGACGGUGGACCCAUUUACAAGACCUGUGCAGAUGUUUAUAUGAACCCCAAUCUAAAGUUUGACGUUAUUGAUCUUCGAUAGUUAGACAAACGGUAUUCAGAUGGCUAACCUUCAUUCCUGCAAUUGUUCAUAUAUAUUUGAGUACAAUAUUCGAUUUAUAGAAUUGGCCCGUCGUAUGUACAAGUAUUCUUUUUUGUGUGUAAAGCAUGAAAUGUUGCCAGGCAUGGCUUCAA